UUCUUUCAUUAGGCAUCCACUAUCAGCUACCGUUUGGCCACACCAGCCACUAGCACCUGAGUAGUUAGUUCCCCGGCAGCAUCCGUCCGUGUCGGUUCUUUGCGAACGUCUGGGAGAGAGAGAGAAAAAGCAUACAAACGCUCUUGUCACAAUGAAGUGUGAAAUUGUUCUUCUGCUUGCUUGCGCUACGCUUGCCCUGUCCGCACCGCAAAGGUCAGACGCUGAGGCAGAAAUCCUGCAGCAAGAUAACAACAUCGAACCGGACGGCCAAUACCAGUACAGUUACGAAACGGCCAACGGUAUCCGAGGUCAGGAAACGGGAACGCUCAAGCGUGCCAACAGUCCCGACACGAGUGACGUAAUUGUGGCGGCCGGUUCUAUCACCUACACCGCACCGGACGGCCAAGUGGUCGAGCUGAGCUAUACCGCCGAUGAUGAGAAUGGAUUCCAACCGGCCGGAGCGCACCUACCGACUCCACCGCCGAUCCCGCCCCAGAUCCAGAAAGCGCUAGACUAUCUGGCCAGCCUGCCACCGUCGGCGAACCGGCGGCGCUAAGCCCCAAACACACACACCGCUUGCAUGAAACCGGCCAAUACUCAGCGCAUUCCAAAACCUUCGUUUGUAAACAACCGUACACUUACAUCUCAUCAAACACACAUCUCUGACACGACACACCGAUCUUUGGCUUAGGAUAGCUCCUAUGCUAAGGGCAAUGAGCAGCAAACGCGUAAUAAAGCACGCCACUUGAAAAA